AGUAUGGCGACGACAACCAGCCAGUCCCGCGCAACACCAGCGUCAUCAUCAAGAGAAUUCCAAGAUCAAGAGCCCGGGUGGUGCAACAGCCUCAGCAGCAGCCAGAUGAUUUCCGACCUGGCAGUCAUGCCUCUGGCGCUGGCGCUCCCUUCGCUUCUGGUGCUGGCGCUGGCGCUGGCGCUGGCGCUGGUGGUGGUGCCGGUGCUGGUGCUGCUGGUGCAGCUACUGCUGUGGCCCAGUCCCAGGCGCAGCAGCAGCAGCAGGCACCCUCUUACCCGGCAUACAAGGGCUACAACCAGCAGCUGAAGGACAUGGACGGCAUGAUGGAUGACCUGGCAGACAUCUACGGUGAUGUCGGCGGCCACGUGUCCAUGUCUGCCGCGUCAGGCCCUGCUUCCACGUCAGCAGCCCCGCCCACCAACGCCAUGGGCGCGUCAGCGGGAGGGGGAGCGCUGGGCGCCACAAACGGCCAAGGGGGGCCCGGGAUGGGGGCAGGGGGGCCGGGGCAAGGCGGGGAGAUGGCGGGAGGAAUGGGGGCCAUGGGGGCCAUGGCGGGCGUGGGGGCGAGUGUGCAGGAGCAGGUGGAUGAGGAGACGCGCAUGAUGUCUGCCAUUGUGGAUCAGGCCACCACGGACUGGCAGAGGCCUCCAGAUCAGUUUGGGGGCCGUGGCUACGGCCGAGGAGGAUUCUACGGCAGAGGAGGUGGUGGUGGGCGCUUUCCCUUUCCCCAACGAAACGCGGUCCCACAUCCCGGUUACAUCUGCUACCGCUGCAAUAAACCAGGUCACUACAUCAAGCACUGCCCCACCAACGGCGAUCCAGCGUUCGAUGUGGUGAGGAGGGUACGACCCCCCUCAGGCAUUCCCAAGAGCUUCCUGCGCCCGGACCAGGGAGGGGGCUACCUCAUGCCAGAUGGGUCCAUGGCUUCUAUGGGCGCACAGCACGACAUGCAGCAAGGCAACGAGCAAGCCUUUGCAAGGGAGACGGAGCCUUUUCUCGCACCCAUGAGGCAGCCCCAGGCAGCGGAGGUCCCUCCAGAGCUCAAGUGCCCGCUCUGCUCCUCGCUCUUCCGCAAUGCAGUGCUCAUCCCCUGCUGCCACCUCUCCUUCUGCGACCAGUGCAUUCGGCAGCAGCUGCUGGCCAAGGGGAGCUGCCCCAAGUGCUCGUCCACCCAGUAUCGCAACGACGACCUCCUCCCCAACAUGACGCUCCGCCAGGCUGUUGAUCGUGCAGAUGCGAGCGAGCGUGUGAGCAAGCCUGGUGCGGGGCCGGCACCUGUUAGUGGUAACGCUAAUGCUGCUGUUUGUAAGGAAGAACAGGAGGUGGAAGGUGGAGGGGGAGGGCGAGGGGGAGAAGGAGGGGAUAUGUCAAGGGAUGGAGGAGAGGAGGUGGGGAAGGAUGGGGAAGGGGAGAUGCAGCAGGAUGGGGAGGGGGAGAAGCAGCAGGAAGGGGAGGAGGAGGAAGAGGAGGAGGUGAGUGAUGGUGUGACCGGGCCUGCUAGUACAACCCAUGCUGCUGCUGAUGGUGGUCCUGCUGCCGUUUCUUCUAAUGGUGGCGGUGGUGCUGCUGCUGCUGCUUCUGCUGGUGCUGCUGCUGAUAGUGCUGAUGAUGUUGGUGGUGAUGGUGAUGGCACUGCUGGUGCUGGUGCCGCUGGUGGUGGUGGUGACACUGCUGCUGGUGAUGAUACUGCUGCACCAGUAGGGGAGGGAGGGGAGGGGGAUGCGGUAGAGGGGGAAGUGGAAGGUGGAGGGGAAGGAGGAGAAGGGGAAGAGGGCGGUGGGGAAGGGGAAGGGGGAGAAGAAGGGGGAGAAGAAGGGGGAGAAGAAUGGGGAGGGGAAGGGGAGGUGAAGGAAGGCAGAACGGGGAAGGGAAAGAAGGUUAAGGGGAAGAAGAAGAAGAAAAAACUCAAGCAACAGAAGAAGCAGGAGCAGCAAGAGCAGCAAGAGCAGCAGCAGCAGCAGCAGCAGCAGCAUAUGGAUGGGCAGAUGGGAGGGGGCCAGAUGGGGCAGAUGGGGCAGAUGGGCGGGGGCCAGAUGGGUCCGCACAUGGGAGGCUCUAUGGGGGGAAUGGGCGGAAACAUGGGGGGAAACAUGGGGGGAAACAUGGGAGAAUGGCCUAUGGGCAUGGGGAUGGGUCCUGACAUGGGAGGCAUGGGUGGAGGGAUGGGCGGGGGUAUGGGGGGGCCAAUGGGCGGAGGCAUGGGCGGAGGUAUGGGCGGGGGUAUGGGCGGAGGCAUGGGACCUGGGAUGGGGGGAGGCAUGGGGCCUAUGGGGGGACCAAUGGGGGGGCCUAUGGGCGGACCCAUGGGCGGACCUAUGGGUGGGGGGAUGGGACCUGGGAUGGGGCCUAUGGGGGGACCUAUGGGCGGGCCUAUGGGCAGAGACCACAUGAUGUGGGACUGCUUCCCUUCCCUUCCCUCCUCCUUGCACUUCUACCGACCGCAUGAUUUGAAACUGCUUCCCAUCUCCUCCCUCCUUCUUACACUCCCCGUCAUCUCUACACCCUGCAUUUCAUCCCAUCCCUCCAUCCAGCAGGACCGGGCGUGCUACACGUGUGGGGCCAAGGACCACAUGAUGCGGGACUGCCCGCAUGGCAACAACAUGGGGGGAGGCAUGGGCGGAGGCAUAGGCGUGGGCAUGGGAGGUGGAGGCAUGGAGUUCGGAUGGAGCCAGGGCAUGGGUCCCAGUAUGGGAGGCGAUUUCAACAUGGGGCCUGGCUUUGGGGGCGGGGGCAUGGGGGGAGGCAUGGGCGGGGGGAUGGGCGGAGAAAUGGGAGGGCCUGGCAUGGGCAUGGGAGGUCCGGGGAUGGGGGGAGGAGGCAUGGGGAUGGGGGGAGGAGGCAUGGGGAUGGGACCUAUGGGGCCUGGAAUGGGAGGAGGAAUGGGCAUGGGUCAGGGCAUGGGUCAGGGCAUGGGGCAAGGGUUUGAGGGAGGAGGGGGACAUCAACAAUUCGGUCCUGAUGGUGGCGCUGGCCCAUUCGGACGUGGAGGUGGGGGAAGGGGAAGAGGCGGAAGGCUUGGGGGGAGAGGGGGAAGAGGCAGGGGCGGAGGGGGGAGGAUGGGCUUUCCCGACAGGGGGGGUAGGGGGGAGAGGGGGGAUUGGAGAGGGAGGGAUGAGAUAGCGGAACGUGAGGGAGAGGGAAGAGGAGAGAGGAGGCAUCGGGGGAGAGAGAGGGAGGAGGAGGAGGAGUGGGGAAGCGAGGAGAGGGGUGUGGGGAGGGGAGAGGGCAGGGGAGAGGGGAGGGGAGAGCGAGCAGGCAGCAUGCAACGAAACACCCCUUCAGUGCAGCAGGAGUCUGAAGGAGGGGAAAGCAGGGAGAGAGGUGGGGAGAGGAGGAGAGGAAGCAAGGAGAGGAGGAGGGAGAGAGGGGAGGAGGAGGAGAGGGGCAGAAAGAGGAGCAGGGAGAGGGGAGAGGAAAAGGGAGAAGAGGAGAGGCCGUAUGGUGUGAAUGAAGGGGAGGAGGAAAAUGUGGAGGGAGACGAAGCAGGGGGGAUGAGAAGGAAGCGACCGAUUGGCGAGAGGCUCAACUUCACUGCUGCCAGGGAGGGCGAAGGGGGCAGCAGCUUUCAGUCGGAGGGACGGUGGCAGGGAGGAAGGGAGGGACACAUGGGGGUGAGGGGAGAGGAGAGGGGAGCAAGGGAAUGGGGGGAGCGAGGAGGAGGAGGCAGAGGGGGGAUGGGCGGGAGGGGUGGGGGACCAUGGCAGGGGAGGGGGAGGGGAUCACGAGGUGAUUGGGAUGGGGAUGGAGAUAGGGAUGGGGAUAGGGAUGAUCGUGAUGGUGAUUGGGGGAGUGGAGAGGAGGGGAGUGCUGCAGCAGGUGAUAGGCCACGGGAGUAUCGAAGAGGGGAUGGUACUGGGGGAAGAGUAGGCAAGGGUAGAAGUCGGUACCGAAGGGAGAGUGAGGGAGAGGAGGAUGAGGACGACGAGGAGGUGGAAGGGAGAGGGAGGUUCCGGGCUUCUAAGGAGUAUGGUUAUAACGAGGAUGAGGAAAGCGGUGGGAGGAGGAGGAGGCAUAGGUUCAAGGAUCAAGAAGAGGAGGAGGGGGGGAGGUGGGAGAGGGGAUCGAGAGGGAUGCAGAAGGGGGAAUGGGGAGAGGAAGAGGAUGAUGUUAGUGGGGUGGGGGAAAGAGCAGGAGCACGAGGGAAGGAGAGAAAGAGAAGGGGGCGAAGCAAGGGGAUGGGAGAGGGGGAGUGGGAAGAGGAUGCGGUGGAUGGUGCUGCUGCUGGUGCUGCUGUUGGUGCUGUUGAGAAUGGGAAGCAGGAGAAGAAAAAGAAGCUAAAACAAGCGCGGAAAUAUGAAAAUGGUGGUGACGGGGGAAGAAGUGGGAUGGGUGGGGGGGAUGAUGUGACAGAGGAUGUGGGAGGAAAGGUAGAGCCGAGCAGACGCAAGUCGCCUCUCUUCGCGGCUGCGGAGAAUCCCGUGAAAGAGAAUAAGGAAGAUCCGACGGCCUCGGAUGAGAAGAACAAGGAAUCUACGGCUGGCGAUGAGGCGAAUCCGAAGGAUCUUUACGCGGUGCUCGGAGUGAGUCGCGACGCGACGCACGCGGAGAUUCGCAAGGCCUAUCACCGCAUGGCGCUUCGACUGCAUCCCGACAAGAACCCGGGCGAUGCGACGGCCAACGAACGCUUUCAGGCGCUGCAGCGGGUGUUUGCGGUGUUGGGAGACGCUGAGAGGCGGAAGGUGUAUGACGAGACUGGCUGCACUGGCGAUGGGGACGGCGAGGAUGGCGAUGGCCUAUCAGGCAACGCGGUGGCAGACCUUUACAAGUUCUUCCGGACGAUGUACAACGAGAUCACAGUGGCUGACAUUGUGGCGUUCGAGCGGCAGUACAGGGGGUCGGAGCAGGAGGCCAAGGAACUGAAGGAGCUAUACGAGCGAUUCAAAGGGCGGAUGGACAUGGUGCUGGAAUGUCAAGUCUGUGCACGGCCGAAGAUCGACUCUCAUCGCUUCAAGGAUAUACUUGAUGCUGCUAUCGAAUCAGGCGAGCUGAAGGCUACUAAGGCGUACAAGAAAUGGGCUGCAGAAGUUGCCAAGAAACCUGCGCCUGCGGACCCUCUUGCUGCAGAGUAA